AUUUGAGACCUUCCUGCCCGUAAUUUUCAUGCAACGGUGCAGAAAUAGGCAUAUAACGAAAAGAGAACCUUGGGAGGAUUUUGCAGGGGGUGGAGUCUGUUCUCCUGGGGAUCGCUUCUCUCCUCCUGGAAUUCCCCGAAUUUCUUCCUUCCGCGGCCCUGAGUCUCCCACCUGUCCUCCCUCCUUCCUUCCUGGAGCUAGGGAGAGGUGGGGAAGAGGGUGGGGCUCUUGGACCAUCGCAGGAAUGCUUGGCAAGGUUUUAAAGCUUCCCAGCACCACCCAGACUUCACUAGAAAAUGUGUCUUUCGAACCCCAAGGAGUUCAAAGACUUGAACCUUGCCAAUGGACCUGAUUGGUUUUGGUUAUGCAGCUCUGGUGACAUUCGGAAGCAUUUUGGGAUAUAAGCGGAGAGGUGGUGUUCUGUCUUUGAUUGCUGGUCUUUUUGUUGGAUUUUUGGCUGGCUAUGGAGCUUACCGUGUCUCCAAUGACAAGCGAGAUGUAAAACUGUCACUGUUUACAGCUUUCUUUCUGGCCACCAUAAUGGGGGUGAGGUUCAAGAGAUCCAAGAAAAUCAUGCCAGCCGGGCUGGUUGCCGGUUUAAGCCUCAUGAUGAUCCUGAGACUUGUCUUACUGCUGCUCUGAGAAUCCAGAGGAACUGAAAACCAAGUUCGAGUCAUUCUGCUUUAAUGGGCAGAGCCUACUCUUAGUGUUGGAAAGAUAAAUUCCAAUAUGGGAUGUUCAACGCAGUCUUAUUUUAUGUAAGAAACUACAAAAGAAAUAUUGUCACCUCUAAUAUGGACACUAGUUUGAGGGUUUGUUUUUUUUUUAAGUCCUGGAUCAUCUUCACCAUCAUUAUUCUGAAUUCUUUUUCUGGAAGAGUGCCUAUCUCCUCUUCAUUUAGUUGUUUUUCUGGUGUUUUAUCUUGUCCCUUCAUCUGGUACAAAGUCUUUUGCCUUUUCAUUUUUCUGUGUCUUUCUGUGGCUGUGAUUUUCAGUUCCACAAGAUGAAAUACUGCUGAUACUGCUUGAUUCUGCUGUCUGCCUUCUUGUGGAGGAAGCUGUCUAGGAGGCUCGUGGGUGCUUCCUGAUGGGAGCGACUGAUGGUGGGUUGGGCUGGGUGGGUGGAGCUCAGUGACACUUUAAUCUGCUUGUUUGCCAAUGGGUGGGGCUGUGUUCCCACCCUGCUGGUCAUUUGGCAUGAGGCUACCUAGCACUGGAGCUUACAGGCUCUUUGGUGGGGCUAAUGGCAGUCUCUGGGAGGGCUCACGCCAAUGAGCACUUCUCAGAACCCCUGCUGCCAGUGCCCCUGUCUCCUCGGUGAGCCACAGCUGCCCCCCACCUCUGCAGGCAACCCUCCAACACCAGCAGGUAGGUCUGGUUCAGUCUCCUAUGGGGUCACUGGUCCUUCCCCCUGGGUCCUGGUGAGCACACUUUUUUGUGUGCCCUCCAAGAGUGGAGUCUCCGUUUUCCCCAGUCCUGUGGAGGUCCUGCAAUCAAAUCCCACUGGCUUUCAAAGUCUGAUUCUCUGGGGAUUCCUCCUCCCGUUGCUGGACUCCCAGGUUGGGAAGCCUGAUGUGGGGCUCAGAACCCUCACUUUAGUGGGUGGACUUCUGCAGUAUAACUGUUCUCCAGCUUGUGAGUCACCCACCCAGCAUUUAUGGGAUUUAAUUUUAACGUGAUUGCGCCCCUCCUACCAUCUCAUUGCGGCUUCUCCUUUGUCUCUGGAUGUGUGAUGGUUUUUUUUGGUGAGUUCCAGUGUCUUUCUGUCGAUGGUUGUUCAGCAGUUAGUUGUAAUUCUGGUGCUCUUGCAAGAGGGAGUGAGCGCACGUCCUCCUACUCCGCCAUCUUGAUUCCGUUCCCACAUGCAUUCUUAUUCAAACCAAUAUAAAUUAAAUUGGCAAGUCAAAUUUCUUGUGACAUGACACUAGCUACCCUAAGUUCACAGACAUCUUGUAAGGGACCCUUUUUUUUUUUUUUAAACAAAUAGUUUAACUGUUUUCUAAUUGUCAGGUACUGCUUUCAUUAAAGAUAUUUAAUAAA